CGCUCACCAGGCUAUCAGUCCCGAUAGUAUUUAACUAUAGGUUCUGAUUAGCCUCCGGAUAGAUAAUCUUGCACGAUGAGGAGAUAAACAUUCAUACCUUAUAUUUACCCCGCAACAUCCCACCAGCUUUGCUCCGCAUCUCCGCAACCACUUCACUUACUACUACAUACAACAUGGCUAUUCCUCAAACCCAAAUCGCUGCUGUUCUCCCACCUUCUGGGGCAAAUGCCACUUCCAGAUUACAGAUUAUAAAUGACCGUUCGAUUCCUGUACCUACUGAGGGAGAGGUCCUAGUCAAGCUCGAGUACUCCGGCGUAUGCCAUUCGGAUGUCCACAGCGUGCGCGGGGAAACCCCCAUGUUGACGGAUGUAGCGGGUCAUGAAGGAGUGGGAAAGGUGGUGAAAGUGGGCAGUGGUCUCGACGAGCAAACGUGGAUGGGACGAAGAGUUGGAAUACGAUGGCUCUAUAGCUCCUGUUUGGCGUGUGAGAUUUGCGCUAUCAAUAAUACGGCGUGUCCUUACCAGAAGAAUGCUGGAGCGAAUGUCCCAGGAACAUUUCAACAAUACGUCGUCAGUCCUGCGAUUCAUGCAACUAUAAUCCCUCCUGAGCUAGCACCGGACGUAGCUGCACCACUCUUGUGCGCGGGCAUCGCUAUGUACUCCUCGAUCAUGAAGACCAAAACUCGACCCGGAGAUUGGAUUGUGCUUCCUGGAGCAGGUGGAGGCCUAGGACAUAUGGGUGUUCAGAUUGCUGCUAAGAAGGGACUCAAAGUCAUUGCAAUUGACAGCGGCGAGAAGAAAAAGCAGCUGUGCCUCUCCCUAGGAGCCCACGCCUUCCUAGACUACAAAACAGACGACGUAGAGCGUGAGGUAAAGACUCUGACCUCAGGGCUAGGUGCGCAUGCUGUCAUCUGCACAGCCAAUAACGAGCCAGCAUACACGCAGAGUAUGAAAAUGCUUCGCAGCUUGGGUGUUUUGGUAUGCGUCGGUAUACCGAGUGUGCCGUUUAGGUUACCGGCGACGCCAUUUGAGAUGAUUGUGAAAGGACUAACAAUUGUUGGCAACUCCGCCGGAACCGCCAAGGAGAUGGAAGAGUUGAUGGAGAUGGCUGUAAGAGGCGAUGUGACAGCACAUAUUGAGUGCUUUGAGUUCGACUGCAUCGAUGAUGUCCUGCAGCGACUGGGGCGAUCUGAGAUCGAGGGACGGGCUGUUGUGCGCAUUCCUGAGUAAACCGGAGUCUUUGCUCAUUAUCAUCACAUGCAGAUAAUCUGAUGACAAGCCACGUUCAGUACGACGUACAGUACAUCUACAUAGUUAUGUUUAUAUCCGAGCCAUAGCAACAAACUGUCGGCCCUGACGAUGAUUAUUAGCCGUUGGCUUUCGUGAUCUAUUGACUCAGGUGAUGUGUUGCGUGGUGAUGUACGGAGUAAUCAGGGCAGUUUGAGAUGGGGCCAAAUAGCCAACAGGGGGCGACUUAUAACGUUCUAAACAUUUCAUUUCUGCUAUUUCAGUCAUAAAUCACGAGACAGUCUUUAAGCUUCUAAAUAGCUGACC